GGCGGGGCCUCGGAAGGGGCGUGGCUACGGGGACCGACGCUCCGCCCCCUCCCGGGCCCGGGGACCUGGCGCGCCGGCAGCAGCAUGGCUGCCGCCAUUCGGCCCCCGGGGCCGGUGCUGCUGCAAACGCUGCGGAGAUCCACGUAUCCCGGGGUGGAAGGCUUAGGCUCUGCCUGCUGCCGCUGCCCGCUCGGAGCUAAAAGAUAUCUACUUACAGAUAAUAUUGUGAAAUUAAAAGAAUUUCAGCACAAGAAGGUAGCUAUUGGACAUAAACUACCAGGCACUAAAGAAACCUUCUUGAGAAACCUGGAGAAGAAACUGACCCAGAACAAUCUCAUCUUGAAGGAGGAACUGAGAACCUUGCUGCAUCUGUGUGAGACCCGGGAUGAUGUGGAACUGGCCAAAAAUGUCAUCUACAGGUACCACGCAGAGAACAGAAAUCUCACUUUGGGGGAAUAUAAAUUUGGACCACUUUUCAUGAGGUUGUGCUACGAAUUGGAUCUUGAGGAAUCUGCAGUGGAGCUCAUCAAAGACCAGCAUUUACAGGGUUUCUUCUCAGAUGUCACGUCUUUCAAUAUUUUGAUGGAUAUGUUAUUUGUCAAAGGCAAAUACAAAAGUGCAUUGGAAGUGUUGAUUCAGAUGAAAAACCAAGAUGUUAAGUUCUGCAAAGAUACCUAUGUCCUUGCUUUUGCAAUUUGCUACAAACUGAAUAACCCGGAGUCCUUGAAGAUCUGCACCACGUUAAGAGAAGAAGCCCUCAUCAAAGGAGAAGUCCUUUCUCAGAGAGCUUCCUGCUUUGCCGUGGCGUUAGCUCUGAAUCAGAACCAGGUGGCAAAAGCUGCAUCCAUUUUUUCUCAUAUUAUGAAGUCAGAAAGCAUAAUCUGCACUAAUUUAAAUAUCAUGAUCCACGUCCAGUCCAAUAUGUUGGAAACGCUGAUAGAAAUCCUAAAGGAAGCUGCAGAGGGAAAUUUAUCAAAAUUUGUGAAAAGGCAGAAGUUCUCAGAAGAAGUGCUGGCCAAAGUGAGGGAGAAAGUGAAGGACGUGCCUGCCCUUCUGGCCAGUUUUGAUGAGCUCUAUGGGAAACUGCACGAGAGUGGCCAAGUGACCGCCUGCAGUUUGGAUGAUCUGCUCUGCCACAUCCCCAGGGACAGGAAUGCCCGCACGGUCCUGUUCAAUAAGAGGACAGUCAGCCGCCGCACCUUCCAGCCACUCAACCAUUCCCUGUGGGCUGAGUGACCCGGGGUUCCACCACCCACAGGUGGGAAGUGGGGUGGAGGGGACGAGUUUCCCGAGGAAUCAGACGUCCGACUCCCGUGACAGGCCCCUUGAUUUCAUCCUCGUGUGUCCGAGUCUGUGGAAUGCCUGCGUGUGGACCUGAGAAAUCAAUGUGAUCGAGACGCUGAAGAUGUAGAACGAAGCCAGCAGAAAGCUCGGCUCCCAGACUGGAGGCUUCCCAGUGCAACUGCUGAAGACUCUUGAAGAAACGCGUCAUGGUCCAGGCCAGCAUCCCCUGCAAGCCUGGGACCAGUGAGUCCCAGUGGAGAAGAACUUCUCUGAUCGGUUAACUCUGAUUUUCAAGGGAGAAGUUACUUGCAUUACCAGUUGAGUUUGGGAGAUCCAAAUCUCUAGUCCACCAUGUUAGGGAAGAACCCAGGAUCUUUUUUUCCCCCUACCUCUGUCACCAUUUAUCUGACACUCUAAACGAGAUACUUGAACCUUCACUUUCCUACCAUGAAUUAACAGUUCCUACAUUUUGUGAUUAUAAAACGCAAAAUGAAUCUGCGUCUUCAUUUGAAAUCUUCAUAGAAGGUUCAGCAGGGUCAAAUUUUCUCUAGAAUGACAGAAAUAAAGAGGCUCAUGAGAGAA